GAUUUAAUUGAAAAAGAAAGGUUAAUUGAAUGGGCGAAUCAAAUUCGGUAGGACCAUGAGAUUUGCACGCGUUUGCAAGCUUCAACUUGGAAGCAAAUCUCGCAACUUAGUCUUUGCAAGAUUUGCUUUGCCGACCUUUCCUGGCGCCCCAACCAGAAACACUUUGUUUGAAAGAGACGAAGAAUAUGCGUCUCGGACCCUCUGAGACUGACGGACACUGACAGCAACAGUAUUGCUUGACGAUUCGACACUCCGAAUCCAUCCAAAUCCAAUUUCAACUCCAUCACCAAACCAAAACAAACGAGGUUUCUUUUGCAGUCAUAGUACCAAUCUAUGGACUCUACUCCGCUCACAACACCUCUUCCUUCUUCCCGCGCUGAAUCAGAAUCUCUUACUUCGCCCGCGCAUCUCUUCAUUGGGUACGUGUAGCAAAGUGGGAGAAUCGGUUGUGGCAAGGAGGGGAAUAUUUCGGAAUAUUAUUGAAAGCUGUAAAGAUUGAGAAAAGAUGGAUGGGGAAAGUAAUGUGAACCACGGUGUCAAUGAGAAUGACAUUGAAACCCAGGGAUUGUUAGAUGGCAAGGAACUUGAGAGAUAUUGGUCAGAGAGUUCAGACAAAAACAUUGUAAAUCGAGAACCACUUCUGAGAAACAGGAUGAACACAACCUCACAGAUUGCCAUUGUUGGUGCCAACGUUUGCCCCAUUGAGAGCCUUGACUAUGAGAUUGUCGAAAAUGAACUAUUCAAACAGGACUGGAGGUCAAGGAAAAAGGUCCAGAUAUUUCAGUACAUUGUCCUCAAGUGGACGCUUGCACUUCUUAUAGGGCUGGGGACUGGACUUGUUGGAUUUUUCAAUAAUAUUGCAGUUGAGAACGUUGCUGGUUUCAAGCUGCUGCUCACUAGUGACCUUAUGUAUAAGCAGAAAUAUUACCAGGCUUUUGCUGCAUAUGCUGGAUUCAGCUUAGGUUUGGCAGCUGCAGCAGCAUCUCUCUGUGCUUUCAUUGCUCCUGCAGCUGCUGGUUCUGGUAUUCCUGAGGUGAAGGCAUAUUUGAAUGGUGUGGAUGCUCAUUCUAUUUUGGCUCCGAGUACUCUCUUUGUAAAGAUUUUUGGUUCCAUUUUUGGUGUUGCUGCUGGAUUCAUUAUGGGUAAAGAAGGGCCUAUGGUGCACACAGGCGCUUGCAUAGCAUCAUUGCUUGGGCAGGGCGGUUCUCACAAGUAUCAUUUGACGUGGAGAUGGUUAAGAUACUUCAAAAAUGACCGAGACCGGCGAGACCUGAUCACUUGUGGUGCUGCUGCUGGGGUGGCUGCUGCCUUCCGUGCACCAGUUGGUGGGGUCCUCUUCGCCCUCGAAGAAGCAGCUUCCUGGUGGCGGAGUGCUCUUCUAUGGAGAACAUUUUUCACCACUGCUGUGGUAGCUAUAGUUUUGAGAGCUUUCAUAGAAUAUUGCUGGACUGGACAUUGUGGGCUGUUUGGGAAAGGUGGUCUAAUAAUGUACGAUGUCAGUUCGGCAAAGGCAACCUAUAGCACUGCAGAUAUACUAGCAGUAAUUCUUCUAGGAAUUAUAGGCGGUGUUUUUGGAAGCUUGUAUAACUAUCUUGUGGACAAGGUUCUUCGUACCUACAGCACCAUUAACGAAAAAGGUGCUGCUUUCAAAGUUCUGCUUGUUCUCACCAUCUCCCUCUUGACGUCAUGUUGUUCCUUCGGCCUGCCAUGGUUGGCAAAGUGCAUCCCCUGUCCUAUUGAUUCGGAGACAAGCUGCCCUACUGUAGACGGAUCUGGCAACUAUAAAAGCUUCCAGUGCCCAACAGGCCACUAUAAUGACCUUGCCUCCCUAUUCCUCAAUACUAAUGAUGAUGCUAUCCGUAACCUAUUCAGCACCAGCACUGAGAAGGAGUUCCAUAUUUCCUCUCUCUUCAUCUUCUUUGCCGCUGUCUAUUGUCUUGGCAUUGUCACUUAUGGCAUCGCUGUCCCCUCUGGGCUCUUUAUCCCUGUCAUUCUAGCAGGAGCUACCUAUGGUCGUCUUGUUGGGAGACUCUUUGCAUCCAUCUCUAAACUUGACACGGGUCUCUUUUCCCUCCUUGGAGCUGCCUCCUUCCUUGGUGGCACCAUGAGAAUGACAGUUUCCCUUUGUGUUAUAUUACUUGAGCUUACAAAUGAUCUAAUGACGCUUCCCCUUGUCAUGCUGGUUCUUCUCAUCUCUAAAACUAUGGCUGACAGCUUCAACAAGGGUGUGUAUGACCAAAUAAUGAAACUGAAGGGGCUGCCUUAUAUGGAAGCCCAUGCUGAACCUUUCAUGAGGCAUUUGGUCGCACGUGAUGUUGUUUCUGGUCCACUGGUCACCUUUUCAGGCAUCGAAAAGGUGGGCAACAUUCUUCAUGCUUUGAGGACUACAGGGCACAACGGGUUCCCUGUGAUUGAUGAGCCCCCUUUCUCAGAAGCACCAGAAUUGUGUGGGCUGGUUCUGAGGUCUCAUUUGCUUGUUUUGCUCAAGGGAAAAAAUUUCACCAUGGACAAGGUGCUUAUUGGAGCAGAGAUUUUGCAGAGAUUUUCUGCAUUUGAUUUUGCCAAGGCAGGAUCUGGGAAGGGAAUCAAAUUGGAGGAUUUGGACAUUGAUGAGGAAGAGAUGGAAAUGUACGUUGAUCUCCAUCCUAUUACAAAUGCAUCCCCAUAUACAGUGGUUGAGACAAUGUCACUGGCCAAAGCUGCAAUUCUCUUCAGGCAACUUGGCCUCAGGCACAUGUGUGUGGUACCAAAGAAGCAAGGAGUAAGAUUCUCUCUCCCUCUCUCUGAGUAUUAUGGCUUAAUUGUGUGUCUUUCUUUUCUUUACUGCAGAGUGCUAAAACAUCAGGAGAGACCCAUGAUAUUCCAGCACGUGCGUUGUAUUGUAAUAAUAAUUAUGUUCACUCUUUAUUUUCUAACUGCAGAGGCCUCCAGUUGUUGGAAUUCUGACACGGCACGAUUUCAUGCCAGAGCACAUAUUUGGUCUCUACCCUCGUAUCCAUUCUCACAAGUAGAGCCAGGUUGCAAAUGUAUUGCAAAUCUUUUGUACUUCGUGUUAUUAUUACAUGUGUGGGUAGAGUGAUUGAAGAGUUGAUGUUUGAUCAUAUGGAAAUUAGAUGUUUGGGAGUUUGGAAUUGGAUUUAGAUUUGUGUAGAUUUAGGCAAACAUAGAGUAAAAUUGUAUUAUGUUUCACACAAAUUCACACAAAUCUAAAUCUACGAUUUGAAGCACAACCGAAGCUUUUAUAUAUAUAUAUAGUAGUUUGCAGUUGUAUGUCA